UCGCACAAUGAAUGUGAUACACAAGAAUUUAAAGUUCUAUCUGUAAAGCUGCAAUGUUGUGACAUUCCUUAUCAUGAAUCUCAAGAUUUUAAGUUUUUUUCCGCAAUUGGUUCAGGAAGAUCUGCUUCGGUUUAUGCUGCAUAUUGGAAAAGUACCCAAACAAAAUUUGCAAUUAAAAAAUUUGCCGAAGGUUCUACGAAAGAAGUUAUUUUGAACGAGUUUAGGAGUAUUGUUCUGGGAAUUACAAGUUGUUCAUCACCCUUCAAAUUUGAAACGGCAAACAAAACUGUUAGUCAGCAAGCAAUUCUUAAUGGUGAAAGAGAAAUUUCUAUUUCAACCACAAAUAGUGCGUUUGUUAAGCUUUAUCAAAAAUGUUGGGAGCAUGAACCAGACUUGAGACCAGACAUUGGUCAAGUAAUUUCGGAACUUAAUAGUAUUGAUUCUAAAAGUCAUUGUAAUACUAUAGAAAAUUAUGAAAGUGAAAUCACAGUUGAAGACGAUUUUUCAGGUUGUGACGCUGAUGAAGAAGGUCAUCAAAAGCAGCUUGAUAAAACGAUUAAAAAAUGUAACAUGGAUAUAUUUAAUUAUAUUGGUGAAUCUACAGAUACAGAUGAUAUAAGCCACAAGCUCGUACACAUUUAUACAAAUUUCCCAUUAACUGAUGAAGAGGUUAUAAAGGACGAAAAUGAAAUGGAUUUAGAUACUAGUUCUCGUGAUAUCUUGCUGGAUCGAGACGGUAAAGAACCCUAUACAAAAGAAAUUAUAAGAUUUUCCUCCGACUAUGUUAAGAAAGAAGUGACUGAGAAGCUCGAAGAAAAUAUAAGAAACAAAUUGCGUACUGAAACAUAUUUAAGCUUAGAGUCAGGAAUUAGUAAUUCGUUAUUGAGCAUAUCAUUUGAACAGAUUGCUCAUUGGGUGCUGCGAGAUGGAGGAAGUUUCAAGACUCGUUCUUUAGGAUUCAAUGGUGUAGAGGAAAAUUUCACUAUUCACAGGCAGAGUGAGACACUUGACUUUUUAAAAAUGACAAUCGUCAAUAACCACCCUAUUAAAAUGAUUGGUUUAAGGGGUGAAUCUGCAUCAGAUGAUUUCAAAUUUUAUUUUGUCAUACUAGGACACUUGUACGAUAAUUACAAAAAGCAAGAUUUUCAUACAUCUGAUGAUACUCUCGCCCAGAAUACACCACUUUGGAUCCGAUUUCGUGUUAAUCAAUAUGCUUUAAAAAUCGAUUUGUAG